AUUGUAGCCUGGAUUUCCCGCUCUGAAGCAGACCGUGCUACAAAGUGCCAAGAGAGAGAGGCCCAAAAAGGUGGCUGGAGAGAACUGAACAGGAAAGAGGAAUUAUUAUUUUUACAGAACCGAUUUUGUGAAGAUUCUGGGCCUGCGAAACGGAAGAGGCACAAGUUUCCAGCUCUCAGAAAGGCAUGGCCAGAAAGGUCACACCUUCCAUAGAGUAUGAUGGAAUAACCCUUCCUGCCUUUGUGCACAGUGAAAAGAGCGUUCGAUAUGCCCACCGGAGCUUCCAAGUUCGAGACAGCGAUGUAUUCAAUCUAACGUAUCCCAAAUCUGGAACAACUUGGAUGCAAGAAAUUCUCACCCUGAUCCAUAGUGAUGGGAACCCUACUCUGGCCCAGUCGAUGCCUUCCUGGGAGCGGGUGCCUUGGCUUGAGCAAAACACAGGAGCUACAUACUUGGAGGACCGGCCCAGCCCCCGACUCAUAAGUUCCCACUUGCCUCCUUUCAUCUUUCCAGAAUCUUUCUUCACUUCUCAGGCAAAGGUCAUUUACACCGUUCGUGACCCAAGAGAUGUCUGUGUGUCACUCUAUUAUUAUGCCAAGAUGUCGUCGUUUCUGGAUUACAGGGAGGAUUUUGGAGAAUUUCUGGAGAUGUUUUGUUCAGGGAAAAUUCUCUUUGGCACCUGGUUUGAUCACGUCAAGAGCUGGUUGACCUACAAAGAUCAGACAAACUUUCUCCUUCUAACCUAUGAUGAAUUGCUGAAGAACCUACAGGACAGUGUUCUUCGCAUCUGCCGGUUCCUAGGCAAGGAAUUAGAUGCAGCUGCGGUUGUCUCCGUGGUGGAAAAUGCUUCCUUUGAGUCAAUGAAGGGCAACAAGAUGGUGAACUACAGCCUUGUUCCUGACUGUGUGAUGAACCACAGUAUCAGUCCUUUCCUCAGAAAAGGGAUUUCUGGGGACUGGAGAAAUCAUUUCACCCCAGAACAGACUGAUUCAUUCCAGCGCUUGUACCAGGAAAAGAUGAAAGAUGUGGAGCUCAGAUUUCCCUGGGAUGAUGAACUCCAAAGAGAAAUCUACUGAGAAUCUUAAGAUCUUGGAAGGGAGGUGUUUGCGCUGCAGUUUCUCUUUUCAUCAGACACUAGUUUGAGAGGUCCUUUCUACACUGCCAUAAAAAAUCCAGAUUAUUGGCUUUGAACUGGGUUAUAUGUCACUGUAGACUCAUAUUAUCCAGUUCAAAACAGAUAAUCUGUAUUAUAUGGCAGUGUAGAAGCGGCCAGACCCAAUAGUCCCAGCUUCUUUUUCCAAGAAUUCAGCACAAUCUCAGAUAUCAAUGUAGAUACAUUAAAGACUACCAGUAGAAGCUCUACUACAUUCACAAGCCAUGAAGUACAAUCAGCGGAAUGAGUAUGGAAGACUUCACGCCAGGUUGCGGUGGAGAUGCAACUGAUAUUCUGUGUUUAUAUGCCCCCUGGGCACAGACAACUCAAGAUUUCAACUAUGCCUGUCGGAGGAAAAAGAUUGGUUUAGCUGUUUCUGUUAUAUCCUCGUUUUCUUCAUGUAGGGCUUUCACCACAGAAUACAUGAGAGGCAGUAAAACUUCUCCUCCCAAACAAAUAAAUAAAAUGGAAAUAGCUCUGCUGACUAUCCA